GCGCAGAGCGUAGAGAGCGGAUGUUAGCCAAGCCCCGCGCGCAAGCCAGCGCGGGGGCGUUGAGACAUCGAGAGCGAGCCCCGCGCAAGCGACCCUUUCCCCGCCCGGCACUGCAAAGCCAUUCGCCGUUCCAGCUUUACAUCAACGACAUCUGAACGUGUUUAACAUUUUGACUCGUUUUGACGCUUACGGUUCAAGCACUGCUAUAGAAAUCGCAGCCCAGCACGCCGACCUGCAAGGGCUGCGGCCGUUCGCCGGACGCCUCCCCUGUGGGCCGUGACUGUGCACUCAUGGCGCAAGAGCUAGCAGCGUUGCUCCAAGGCACGCACCGACAGCUUGCCGCUUGUAGCGGAAAGGACUGGCCGCAGCAGACCAACCCCACCUCUUCCGUGUCAUACGUGGUUGCGACCGAGAGCACCCAGGUCGGUGCCCGUGGCAGCUAUGAGCCACUGCCCCACGUCACCAUCAGGCCGACGGGGCUGGUGGAGCGACCGGGGCCAGAUGCAACCACGCUAGCGGACGUGGUCUGCAGCCAGCCUACGGCGCUGGCGGUGCUGCCGUGGCGCACGGAGCACUCGGUGCGCUCCUACCUGCUGCAGCCGCGGCGCCGGGCGGAGCUGGCGGCGGCGCAAGGGGGAUCGCUGCAUGCGGACCAAGUUCUGGGCGGCGGGCUGUGCAGCCGGCUGGUGCGAGACCACGUGUUCGCAGCGCUGCACUACCACUGGGACGGUGCCCGCCUGAGGCCGGUGCGGCUCAGCGGCAACAGCUCAGCGGCGGCGACCUCGUCCGUGUCCGCGUCCGCGUCGUCGGCUCCAGCGCCGUUGCAGGCGCAGCUGCAAGACCAGGGCACGGGCGCCUAUGGCUGGAGCGAGCCCGCCAGUGGUAGUGAGGGCAGCAGCAGCCACGGCGGCGGCGGUAGUAGUGGUGGUGGUGGCAGCGGCGGCGGUGUGCUGACCCUGGCGGACAGCAAUGUCCAGGUGGGCAUUCUGGUGCGCAAGGGCGUGGGCGGCACCUACCCCUAUCAAGUGGCGCACAGGUCGCUGGAGGUGCGCGGCCUGCUACCGGGCCUCAAGCGCCGGCCGCCGGCAGCCGCAGCAAUGUCACUCCAGCCCGGUGCAGCACUAAGCGGCAACCCGGCCACAGCGGCAGCGGUGGCAGCAGCGGCCAUGGCUGCCGCCGCGGCGCUUCAGAGGCAGCAAGUGCAACAGCGCACAAAGCAGCAAGCGCCGCAGCCCACGCAGUUGGCGGCCCCUGUCGCAGAGCUGGUGACUGGGGCGACGGGAGGGCUGGUCGGCACCGGACCGGCUGCAGCCACACUGGACGCAGGGACUGCCGAUGUUGCAAUAGCUACUGCCGCGGCCGCGGCUGCAGCAGCUGCUGCUACAGCUGCGGCCGCCGCGACUGUGGGCGAAGCGCCAGCGGCAGCCGGAGCUGGAGCCGAGGCGACGGCGGCGGCAGCUGGGCCUGUGGCGGAGGUGGACGCGGACGCGGAUGUGGAGGUGGAGCAAGACGAUGGCAGGGCCGUGGAGGAUGCGGCUGACGUGAUGAUGGCGGCUGCCGCAGCUGCCGCGGAGGUAGACACCAGCGUUGUGGCUCCAGCAGUCAGUGGCGCAGGUGCCGUGAGUACGGGUAGCUUACCUGCCAUGGUCCCGGCGGAGGCGACCGAGCCAGCUGCACCCGGGAGUAGCAGCGGUGUUCCGGCCGUGCCCGCCAGCGGGGCAGGCGACGGCAGCGGCAGUAGCAGUGACAGUGGCAGCAGCAGUAGCGCUGGAGGCACUGCGGCGCAGCGGCAAAUGUCACUGGCGCCGGCUCGGCCGGCUGCCGCAGGCAGUAGCAGGGCGGGUGCCGGGGUCGGGGGCGGCAGUAGCAGUGGCAGCAGCAACCGCGGCGGCGGCUGUCAGCUCAAGCUGUACAGCUACUGCUGCCGCUUGGAGCUGUACGUGGAGGAGGCCACGUGGCGUGCCGCGUCGAAACCCACACGUGACCUGUUCUACAGCGCGGUACGGGAGCUGGAGCGGCGUACACACGCCGCCAUGAACGACUGGAACCACCGGGCACUGGUGGCGCACUGUGAGGCGCUGCUUGGGAAGCUGGCGGCUGCUGGCGUCGUUGCAUCGGCGGCUGUAGCAGCAGCACCUGCAGCAGCAGUAGGGGCGCCGCAGCAGGGCGAGGCGGUGGGUGGAGCGGGGCAGGCGCCUGGCCAGCAAGCGCCGCUGCAGGCACAGCUGCCGGACGUGUUUGUCAACGCACUGGCCGCUCAACUGCAGGCCAUCUUCUCGUCCCUUGCCUCGCAGCAGGGCUCGGGCGCGGCAGCAGCUACAGCUACAGCUGCAGCCGGCGUGAUGACCGGCGGCCCGCCCACGCCCGCGGCAGCGGCUACGGCUGUAGCAGGUGUGCACCCGGCAGGAGCGGCUGCAGGUAUGUCGGUGGCGGUGGCGUGCGGGACACCCCGUGCGACCGCCGCCGGGGUCUCGCCGUUUCAUGCUUUGGCCACGGCGGGGCCAGUGGCCUCAGCUGGUCUAGGCGAGGGCCGCGACGGCGGCAGUGCGGGCGCAACUGUCACUGGCACCGGUGGCUGUAGCACUGGCGAAAAGCAAGUGCAGCUCCUGCGAGGUUGCAGCGGUGUGUCGGCUGUAGCAGCUUCAGGUGCUGGACUCGGCAGUAGCAUAAGCGGCAGUAGCUGCGCGAGCCAGCCGCUGGCCGUGGCCGCGUCAUUGCCCACAGCACCUGCCACGCCCGCGCGAUCCAGUGCUCGCUCGGCUGUUGACGGCGGUCCGAGCUGCGCUGACACCUGCAACAGCAUCGGCAGCCACCUCCCCACCAGCAGCGCUUGCGGCGACAUGCGCCCGCCGCCGGCCCGACCGCCUGCGGCCGUGGUAACGCCAGCUUCAGCUUCGGAUGCCGCAACCGCAACAUUCCCUUCUGGGCUGUCGCCGCCCGUGCUGCCGCCCACGCCUGCACAAGCUGCGGGCUCGGCGGCAGUCGCCACUGCUACAGUGGGCCCGCCAGAAGAGGAUGAACGGGAUCAAGAGCAUCAGGGGCAGCAGACCGUGGGCGCUGAUUGCGGGCCUGCAUCACAUGUGGCAGAAGCCCCGGAUGCAUCAGAACCGGCGGAGGGCGCGGAGGGCUCGGCGCCGAUGGACGUUGACGGACCACCGCCGCAUCCGGACGCCAUGGGUGGGGCCUUGCCGGCCGCCGCCGCGCCCUCGACAUCGGCGGCGGGCCAGCAGCUUGUGCAGGGCACGGCGCCGCAGCCGCAGCGGGCAGUAGCACCUGAUGCUGCGGUGUGCCAGCGGCCCGCAGACGCUGCUGCGGAGGCUGUGGCAACCACGGGACCCACUCCUCCGUUCAGUGCAGGCGCAGAGGCCGCGUCAACCACUCCAGCGUCCGGCUCGCAGGCACUGGUGGCAGCCAACUCAGCUGCGGCCGCGGCCGCCAUCGCGGCCGCCAUCGCCGCAGCCCUGCCGCGCGUGCUGCCGCCUACAUCGACAUCUCCCACCACCUCUUCCCCUGCCACUACCACCAGCAUUCCCGGCGGCUUCGCCGGCCUGUUCGUAAUGGCUUCCACCAUCAGCACCCUUAUCGCUGAAGGCGGCCUCACCAAUCGCUCCUCGCCCUACCACAUACCCCUCUCCACCUUCCCUUCCGCCUCCUCGUCCUCCUCCUGCACCUCUGCCAAGCUGGCGGCGGCGGCAUCCGCCGCGGCCGCCUUCCCCUGGCCGCUGUACCUGAUCGGCACACGCGACUCGUUUGCCUACGCGCUUGUGCCGCGCACCACGACCGUGACGGCCCCGGGCGGGCGCUGCAGCUUCACACGCACCGAGUUCUUCUUCCGAGAGGAUGAACUGCCGCCCGACUAUCACUGCUUCGCAGGCAAGCCCACCGCCGAGGUGUUUGUGUCCGACCCAGCCGACACCGCGGCGACAGCGGCGGGGCCGAGGGCCGCCUCCGGAACACCACAUGUAGCAACAGCAGCAGCAGCCGCAGCAGCAGCAGAUGCAGCUGUGCUGCAGCCGCAGCUGGAGGCAGGGGGCGCCGCCGGCGCUGCAGCUGCUCCUGGCUCGGCGGUGUCGCCCGCUGGCGUGAACGCAGGCGAGGAGGGCGCGGCGGCCUCUACCGACGCGGCAGGAGCAAUGGCUGCUACUGCUGCUGCAGUAGCAUUGCCGGAGGUGAGGAGCAUGGCGGCAGGCGAUGCGGUGGUCUCAGCAGGAGGCGGCCUGGGCACUGGCGCUGCUGCGGGUGAUGGUGGUGUUGGUGAUGGAGAUGAGGGUGAGGAUGAUGAUCUGGCAGCGCUGGAGGCCAUUGCGGACGUGCUAGGGGGCAUGAUGGAGCGAAUGGGCGGUGGAGGUCAAGAGAAGCAGCAGCAGCCGGGCGAGGAGGAGGCGGUGACGGGUGGGCGGCAGGAGCAGCAGGAGCGGCAGGAGCGGGUCGGCAUGGGCGCCGCCGGCGGUGGCGGCGGCAGCGGGCACGGCAUGCAAAGCAGCGGGGCCCCAGUUGCCCUUUCCAGCAGCACCAGCUCUAGCGCCGUUCCGGUCGCCGCGGCCUUGAGCUGCGGCGGGAGUAGCACGGCGCCUGCGGCCAGCUCCGCUGCCCCUGCUCCUGCUACUACCGUUGCCAGAGGGUCGGUGAACACGGGGGCUUACGGCUUCGGUGAUGGUGGUGGCGACGAGCGCGAUGACGGGUACGCGCCGCCUCCUCCGCUGCGGUCGAGCAGCCCGGCGGACCUGUUUCCGCCCCUGGAGCCGCCGCCGCCGGGUCUGCUGCCCGUCGGGGUCGUGACCUACAACCAGGUGUUCACGGACCUGGAGCUGUGCGCACUGGAGGGCGAGGCCGACCACACCGACGGCGCCGCACGCGCCGGCCGCCUGCCGCCCGACUGCUACCACCAGAGCGGCGUGGCGGGAGCGCUGAAGCGAACCAAGAUGUUCUUCGGCGCCAGGUACCUGUGGACGCGCGAGCAGCUGGCGGCGCCCAAUGCGCGGGUGGCGGGCGGCGUGCGUGUGGACGUACCGCAGCCGCUGAGGUGGAUGCGGCAAAUGGUGGAGCUGCCGCUGGUGGCUCGCGGCGUCAUCCCGCCCGGCUUCGUGGACAGCAUCGCGCUCAACCUCUACCACGACGGCAGCGAAGGCAUCCAGAGCCACUUUGACGACGCGGCUCGCUUCGUGCGCCCCAUCUUCAGCGUGCGCCUCUACUCGGACAGCCGGCUGUCCUUCGGCGGCGCCCUGUUCGGCGCCACCAACAACGCCUUCUUCGUGCCCAUGCCGAGGGGCUGUGUGACGGUGCUGGAUGACGACUCGUACGCCGCCAACGGCAUCAAGCACUGCGUGCGGCCCACGGACAUGGCCGGCAAGAGCGCGGCGCUCAUCCUGAGGCGCAUACAGCCCGCGGCCAUGAGGCGCGCACACGACUUGUUGAUGGAGGACGUGUGUGACCAGAUGGUGCACUGCCUGCGGAUCGUGGACCAGACCACGGUCCGGUGUCCGCUGGAGCAGCAGCGCCGGCUCACAAGUCUGAGCAAGGCGGCGGCGGCGGCGGCCGCGGUGGGCACCGCCGCGCGCCGCGCCGACAUGCAGAAGCCGCUGAGCGAGGCGGAGGUGGCGGCGCUGGUGAAGCGCGUGAUGAGCAACCUACUAGACAGGGUGGAGCGCGCGAUAAAGCGGCAGACCGCGCAGGAGGCGGCUGUGGCGUUACUCACGCGUCGCAUGCUCUGGUUCGUGUCGCGUGCCGCCGCCGCCGAGCAGCUCGGCCUGGGCCCCGUGUCAGCCGCCGACGAUUAUGCCGCUGCUACAGCCGCCGCAGCCGCAGCAGCAGCUGCAGCUGGUGCUACAGCCGCAGGUGGAGCUGCUCGGUACGAGGCGGGGCGGCCGGGCUCCAAGGCGUUGCUUGCGUGGCGGGUGACGGCGGGUGGCGGCGGCGGCGGCGCUGCCGGCCCCAGGAGGCGGGGCCGGCCUCCCGGCAGCGGGCUGUUGGGACUCACAGCCCUGGCGGGCGGCUCACGGAUUAGUGGGUCGCGGCUGGAGGGCUCCCGGCUGAGUCCGGAGGAGCGAGAGGUACGGCAGGUGAUGAGCCGCAUGAUCCAGAACCUGGAGGCAAGCGCACGUGCCGAGCGCGCCGCCGCCGCCGUACGCGGCCUCAUGGACCGCAUGUUGUACUGCCUGGAGCGAGAUCUGCCGUACACGCCGCCGCCACGUGACGCCGCUUCGGCCGCCGCCGGCGCCGCCACUGGCCGUACGGCCGGCGCUGCCGCCAGCGGUGGCGGCGGCGGGACUGGCAGGCCGCGAGGGCGGCCGCCUGGGUCUAGUGCGGCACGCGUGCUGGGCCUGCUGCGGCGCGUGGCGGCUGCGGGCGGGUCCGCAGCACAGACAGGCACGGGUGGUGCUGCAGCAAGCGGCGGCGUGCCGUCGGCCCUGGCGGCUGCGGCGGCCACGGCGGCGGCGGCCAGCCUGAAGCGACUGCGUGCGGCGGAGGGCGGGCAGAGCUCGGCGGCGGCAUUGCUGCUCGGGCGGCCGGUCAAGCUCCGCAAGGCCGGCGGCGGUGGUGGCCUCACAUUCUCAACGGCCCCCAUGUCGCCGCUGAAGCGCCGCCGCACCGCCGCCGCCGCCCAGCCAGCGCAGCCGGCGGCGCUGGGACCCGCGGCGGCGCCUCCACCGGCCCAAGCGACAACGACAACUGCCACGGAAGGCCACGUGUUCGUGCCGUCUGCAGGCGUGUAUGUACGGCCGCCGCCGCCGCCACCGCCGCCACGGCGGCCAGCACCGGCCGCCGCCCCGUCACCGGGAUCCGGCGGUGAGGCUGCUGCUGGGCUCACGACGCCGGCGGCGGAUGCGCUUCAGGCGGAUGUGACGUUGGCGGAUGUCCCUUACGUUGAUAGCGAUACCCGUGGCGGGGAAGCCGUUGCAGACUGUGCAGCUGGCGGCGGCGGUGAUAACAGCGCUGCCGUGAUGAUUGCUCCCAUUGGCGGCAGCGCCCUGGUCGGCCCAGCGGCGGAGGUAGCACCUGCUGUGGCAGCAGCGGCGGCAAUACCUGCUGUGGCAGCAACGCCCAAGAAACGCGGCAGGCCCCGCAAGCACCCGUUGCCCCCGGCUGGCGUUGCUGUGGCGGCGGGCCGAGGGCGGGGCCGGGGGAGAGGCCGGGGCCGGGGCCGGGGCGCGGCGUUGGUGGUGCCGGGCACAGAUGGAACGGAGGAUGGAGGGCCCGGGACGGGCGCGGUGACGGUUGCAGCGGGGGCGGCGCGAGCAGCGGGGGCGGCGCCUGUGCAGCUGUCGGCAGCGGCAAUGGACGCGGCAACAGAUGACGCCGCCGCCAUGUCGACGGACCCUGCAAUCGUCGAAGAACAGUGGAACGGGCGCUGGACGGAGCCGCGGGUGCUGCGGGCCGCCACGCGGCUGGCGGUGGCGGGCGCGGAGCUGGGAGGCCCCGACCUGCGGCGGGCGGUGCGCACGGUCCUGCGGCUGGACGGCUUUCGAAUGCUGCGCUGGCUCCGCCGGCAGCGUCAGGAGGUGCUGCUGGCUGCGGCCGCAGGCGCCAACGGGGCAGCAACAGGAACAGCAGCCGGCACUGCAACCGCAACAACCGCAGUAGCCACGACAGGUGCCACGACAGCAGUGGCGGUCGGCGGCGGAACGUGCACGGCAGGACUGGAUCAGUCGCUGCUGCAGCAGGCGGCGUCGGGCCGCCCGCAGCCGUCGUUCACGCACAUGCUGAUGGAGCAGGAUCCGGUGGCGAGGGAGGCGGCGAGGGAUGAUCCGGCGGCAAGGGAGGCGGCGAGGGAGGUGGCGAGGGAGGAGGGGCAGGGGCACGGUGGCGAGCCGGUGACGGCGGUGACGGCGGUGACGGCGGGCGGCUGCGAGCCCAGCUGCAUACAGGAGGCGGAGCGGCGGCCAGCGGAAGGCAUACACGAUGAUGGUGGCCGCUGCGGACGCCAUGUAAGCUGUGGAGGGGCCGGCGGCGACUGCGGCAACUUGGGUUGCGGCGCCUUCGAGCAUCAGCCAGGGGGCGAGCAGUCGACUCCCGCGCCCCAGCUGCAGCUGUGGAUCGACACGCCCGCGCUGAUGGAGGCAGGGGAUUCUACAGCCGCAGCCAUAGAGAAAGACGUGGCGGGCGGCGACGGCAGUAGCAAGGUCGCUGCGCCUGCCACGGCCAGAACAGGCAGCACAACAGCAGCUGCUGCACCCGCUACAGCUACAACCGCGGCCGCGGCAGCAGCAGCUACUGCCGGCUCCGCGACCUCCGCAUCCCCAUCAGUGCCUGGCCGCGGCGAUGUGCCGCGGCUGUGGCUGCGUGCCUUCGACCGGGUGGUUGCGGAGGGCGUCGCCGCCAAGUCCGCACGUGCCGCCGCCGCUGCCGCCGCCGCAGCCGCCGGCCUCGCUCCGGCCCCCGCUGCCGCCGCCGCGUCGUGGCCAUCGCCUGCAGCGGCCGGGCCGUCUGCAGCGAGAAAAGAGAGCACAGACCCAGGAGCAGCAUCACAACUUGCCGGACCUGGAGUUGGAGGAGCAGCAGGAGCAGCUGUAGCACGGGCCAGCGGCGACGUGGAGGGGCUCCGGCGCGUGAGCCCGGCUCAGCUGCUGGCGCACACAGUGCUCAGUGCGGUGGUGGCGGCCGCCGCCGAGGCGGCUGCGGCGGAGGCGGCGGAGGCGGCGGCGCUGUAUGAGGCGGAGCUGCAGCUGCUGGGACUGCCGGUGCCGAGCUCCUUGUCGGCUGUAGCGGAGGUGCACAAGCGGCGGGCGCUGCUACUGCCGCUACCGGCAGAGCCGCAGCCGCAGCCGCACCCGGAGCCAGAGCCCUGGGAGGCGAAAGCAGAAGCAGCAGGAGGGACGGCCAAGGAGGAGCAGAAGGAGGAGGAGGAGCCACGACAGCCGGCGGCGGAUGGGGUCUCACACUGUACUGUAGUGCACGGUCCCAGCGCUGGGGAAGCUGCAGCAGAGGCUGUAGCACUGCCAGGCCGUGGGCGGCUUGCGGCUGCCGAUGCUUGCAAUGGCGAUAGGGUCCGCAGCAGCAGCAGCAGCAGCAGCGGAGCGCUGACAGCUGCAGAGGCCAUGACGGGUGGCGGCAGCGCGCAGCCUCUACACACAGCAGUCACGGCGGGAAGAAGUGCGGUCACGGCUGCUGCUGCAGCAGACGCCGCGGAUGACGAGAUGGAGUGGGAGGAUGUCAUCCUUGCAGCCUUGCCCUGUGCCGCCAUGGCUGCGAACGUGUCCAGCGACGCUGGGAAUCCAGCAGCAGCAGCAGGGGGCAGCGUCCGUCCCAGUGCGCCGCCGCAUGAGGCAACAGCACCGCCAGCAGUGGGCGAAGCCAUGGGCGAUGCUGCUGGCAGCACGCGACCUACCGAUAGCAAGGUUAGCGGCGCCAGCACUAGCAGUGCAGGCGGCAGCGACAACGGCAGUGCACAGGCGGCAGCAGCGCUUCCACACAGGCCUCUACAGGGCUUCGCGCGUUCAUCCGCCGCGGCAGCAGCUGCAGCCGCAGCCGCACGCCGCAGGUUUGGCGGCGCCACGGCGACAUCGCCCAGGCCGCCGCUACAGCUGCAGCACCAGCCGUACAGGGGCGCUAGCGCCGCCGCCAGCCCGGGCGGCCGGCCUGCGGGCGCCCCUGGCGCUGCCCCGGUGGCAACCGGCAGUGCGGUUGCGGCGGUAGGCGGUGGCGGUGGCGGUGGGGGAGGUCGUGUGGCGUCACCCGGCCGCGGUGCCGGCGGCGCAUCCUGGGUGAUGCAGAUGAAGAUGAUGCAGCACCAGCCGUACAAGGCCGGCAGUGGCCCUGGCACGGCCACUGGGCCUGUGUCUACUCUGGGUUCCCCGAAAGCUACCAGCAGCAGCACGGGAGGCGUGGCGGCGUCGCCGAAGCUACCAGGCUUCCCGUUGAUCCACAAGCCGUACGCCGGCCAAGGCGUGAGAGCUGCCUUCAACAGCAGCAGUGGGGCAGGACCGGCAUCAGGCGCAGGAGCAGGAGCAGUAGGAGAAGCUGCGGCGGCGGCGGCGCCAGGCAGUGGCGUGGUGCCAAAUGCCAUUGCCAGGACCAGCUGCAGUGGGAGCAGCAGCGCCUUCGCAACAAGCGCGGGUGUGGCUGCAGCGGAUAUGGCUGCCGCAGUGACGUCUCCGUCCACACCUUUCCGGGUUCCGGGCUCCGCCGCGGCACCAGCCACGGCAAGCAGCGGCGGCGGCGGAGGCAGUGGCACCAGCAACUUCCUCCUUGCCAAGGCCGCAUCCGCGCCAGCCCCAUCCGGCUCGACCAGCAGUGCCGCGGCCGCCGCGGCCACGGCACGGCCGCCGGCUACGCCUCUCAGAGCUGCUGCGGCGGCGGCUAGGUCUGCCUCAGUGAUGCUGCCGCUGCGGGAACCAAGCAUGGAGCCGGCAGGCGGGGAGGCAGCAGGGGCACGGUUGGGGGCUGCGGCUGCGGCUGCUGCGGCGGCGGCUGCAGGUGCCAAGCGCAAGCAGCGAGCCGUUUAUAGCCUGCCAGCCACUGCUUGCAUGGCGUGCUUGGAGGGGCUCUCGCCCGACGACGCGCAGCAGCAGCAGCCGUCUGGGGGCGGCGGUGUCGCCGGCAUGGCUGCUAGUGGUCUGCAUUGGGGCUGCCAAGGACCCUGCCGCCGCACCUUCCAUACCGCCUGCCUGCGCCCCGUCAAGCCGGAAAAAUACGAGCUGUCCAAGGCAAUCUGCGAGCAGUGCUUCAGGGAUGCGCACCCCUGCACCGCCUGCGGCCGGGACGCCGACGCCAGCGCCAGCAGCAAAUCCGACGCGGGCCUGGUCAAGUGCGGUCAGGCCAACUGCGGCCGCUGGUACCACGUGGAGUGUGCAGCCGCCCACCCCUUCACCAAGCCGAUUUAUGGGGCGGCGGGCGCAGACGCAGCGGGCAGCGGCGGCGGCCGCGGCCGCGGCCGGGGCCGCGGCCGCAGCGCUGGCGCCGCAACGGGCGGCGCGGUGGCAUCCGCGGGGGCAGCAGCAGCAGGAGGAGCGGUUGGGGGCGGGCUGGGGAAGUUUCGCUGCCCGCUGCACACGUGCGCGGUGUGCACGGGAAGCGGCGAGGGAGCUGUGAUCAUGGCGUGCGUGCGGUGUGCGACCGCGUAUCAUGCCAAGUGCAAGCCGGACGAGGCGGAGCUGGUCGCUAAGAAGUUGUUGCUGUGCCCCUCAUGUGUGGCGGCGAGGGACAAGACCAAGGCACCGAAGUUGUGCUGACAUGGUUGCGGACGUUGCAUAUGCAGGCCAGACAGAGUGGUUGGGCAUCGGGUUUGACCGUGAGCCAUUGCGUGGUUGGUUUGGUGGUUCUCAUGCAUGGUUGUCGUUGUUUGACUCGUAAUUGUGUACUUGAGACCCCGGCGUUUGAUGUUGGUGACUUACCGUUUUGGCGUUUGGGCAUGGGCCAAGAAGUGACACCCAGGCUGCAGGCCUGCGUGCUGGUUUGUCCAGACCUUGCAUGCGACAUUCAUCCUGUCAGCGUGCCCAAGGUGUGUUCGUAUACAUGAAGGUGUACAUGACUGCCUGGACUCAGGACAAAGCUAGGAUGACUCCGGCUACCUUGUGCCUUGUGUAUGUCACUGCGUCGCGCAUGCUGCAGAGAGGCCGGAUUCCUAGGCGCACGAGCGUGCAUACCGUACAUACGUGGGUAGGUGACUAGGUGUGCAUUGAGAGCGCAAGAAUGCGUGAUGUUGUUGCGCGUGCUCAUUAUAAGGCGCUGCUAACCUGCGUGCUGUAUUUCUGUUGUCAAUUGAGCCGCUGUCGUGCAUGUGCUGGUAAGCUGUCCGUAAAGAUAAGAGCAAUGCUGGUAACGAACCAUCCGUCACUGCGGUGCACCCAAAGAAGAGCAUCAGGUGUUCAGUCAUGAGAUGACCGGCG